AUGGAUUUUUCGGAGGAUUCUGUGGAAACGUGGCCGGUCCUGUCCUGGGUGUCGUCCUCUGUCAUGGUGUUUGGCGGUGUGCUCCCAUACAUCCCCCAGUAUCAGGAGAUUAAGAGGACGUCUAAUGCGGAGGGGUUCUCCAUCUGGGUCUGCUUUGUUCUGCUGGUUGCCAAUAUCCUCCGGAUAUUUUUUUGGUUUGGGAAGUUCUUUGAGUUCCCUCUCCUCCUGCAGAGCCUCUUGAUGAUCGUCACCAUGUUAUGGAUGCUGCAUCUCUGCUGCGCUGUGCAGACCGUGAACCGCGUGUCAACCAAGUAUCGCGCCUUCACCGACUUCAAGCUGGCGGACUUCUGGGAGUGGAGCCGCUUUGAGGAUUACCUGCAGUUCUGCCUGUCGCUGACCGUCCUUGGUGCCCUCCUCACGUACUGCCUCCUGGAUGUCCCCAUCUUUGUGGAGGCCCUGGGGUUAGUGGCCCUCCUCACUGAGGCAACGUUAGGACUCCCUCAGCUGCUGCAGAACCUCAGGAACAAGUCCACGCGAGGCAUGAGUGUCCAGAUGGUCGUGCUGUGGACCGCGGGCGACUGCUUCAAGACCUUGUACUUCAUCAUCAAGGCCACGCCCGCUCAGUUCUGGCUGUGCGGGGCCCUGCAGAUCUGCCUGGACGCGCUCAUCCUCCUCCAGGUCUGGUUCUACAAUCCACAGACUCACAUCAAGUUUGGCUGAGGAGCUGACAAUCACCAGACGGCAGGGGACCUGGCUUGGGGCCACAGGGACGGAGGCCGGAGCCCAAAGAGAAAUAAUGUGUGAGUAUCAUAGAUAUACCGAGCGCCCAGACGACUUAUCUACAAUCAUGGGACUCCUCGGGAUCUGGAGGUUAUAACAGGUCGGAACAGGGGCCCCAGAGGAAAAGGAUAACUGGGCCCCUAAUAACUACCUAACGGACCCCUCCCCCAUCACACACUAACCCUAGUGAUCCCUGAACUCCCUCUGGCAGGGUCUCAGACUUGACAGGGCUGUAUUCAGCAGGGGGCGCUCUCUGCAGAGCCACUGCCUACCCCACAGGAGCGGACUGGACUCCGUCACUGCAGUCACUUCAGGGGAUCAUCACGUGCCGAUCUAUGAAUG